CACCGGCCGCUACAUCCAGCCUCCAUAGUCAAAAUGCUGUAAACAAGUGCGGUGUAUGUGAUCUGACUUUAUGAGUGUAAUUGAGUGAAAAUACUACAAUCACAGUGUAGAAUAUCAAAAUAUGAACCCAACUGAGCCGACCAGCAGCGAAACUCUAAGCUCAAAAAUGAAGGAUGUUAUAGACGUUCUCGCGAUGCAGCGAGAAAAGAGAAAUACUUUACAAAAAAGUAUAACUGUUGAUUACACUGCAGCCAGCGAUAGUUUCACCGCCUCAAGAUUCAUCUUCGAAUGCGGUUUUAAACUAGAAGCUCAUCCUCUGACAACUGCAACUGCUGCAACUCUAUAUCACAGAUUUUUUAAAGAGGCUGAACAGGAGGGCUACGAUUGCUACCUCAUAGCGGCAACGUGUUUGUAUCUCGCUGGAAAAGUUAAAGAUAAUCCCCUUAAAAUUCGAGAUGUGAUGAACGUUGCGCACAAUACCUUACACAGAGGAUCUCAACCUCUAGAAUUAGGUGAUCAGUAUUGGAGCAUGAGAGAUGCCAUAGUGCAAGCGGAAUUACUCAUCAUGCGAAUGCUCAAAUUUCAAGUUAUACCUGAACACCCGCACAGGUACAUGCUGCACUAUCUGAGAUCACUGCAGGCCUGGUUUGGCGAAGAAGAAUGGUCCAAGUAUCCAGUAGCUAGAACAAGCAUGGCUUUACUUCAAGAUUUCCACCAUUCUACAGCGAUUCUUGACUAUGCUCCAAACCUCAUAGCUAUCGCCUGCAUCAAUUUAACACUACAAAUAUAUGGUGUCGUUGUCCCUCUAAUGGACGAGUGUGAUCAGCAGCCUUGGUUUAAUGUUUUCUGCAAGGAUCUUACUAGAGAAAAACUUUGGGAAAUAAUGGAGAAGAUUAUGGCGGCGUACGACGAUGAACCAGAAACUAGAGAUAAUUGACAAUUAAUAAAUCACAAGGAGAGCCCAGUAGUUGAUCCAUGAGUCUUGUGAGAAAUGAAAGGCAAAGGUUCUUUGAAUUUUCCGCACACCAGCGGAUAGUAAAAAACCUAAUGAGUGAAGAGUAAAGAGUACUGGAUUGAGGAAGAAUUUCUAAAAGAGAAUACAAUAAAAUUACGAUGGUUAAUUUUAAUCCUAAUUAUUAUUUGAUAUAUCACUGAACAAUAAAAGACCAACAUAAUUCUUGAA